AUGCCUCGGAAGACAAACAGAAGUGUCAAUCCCUCGCAACCCAAAGCGCUUUUCGACGAACAACAAGAAGCGACGUUCUCUCUCUUAGCACUGCAAGCUUGGAGUCCGGCAACGGCGAUGGCGCCUCAGCAAAGGAACCGCCUGUACAUCGCAGGUGGCCCUGGAGGCAAUUCAAUCGGGCCGGCAGUUCACGAAUACAUUGCAAAGUCUCUGGGCCUCGACUGGACAUGCGAAUUCCUGCGCAUGUCUUCGAUCGACGAUGUCAUGAGACUUUAUCGCGCCGCUGACUUUGCUGGCGGACUUUGUGACGAACUAGUGAAGAUACUUGGAGCAUGCAACACGGUAUACCUCACAGCCGACCAGCAGUUAUGUGGCAGCAACACGGAUUGGGUUGGAAUCUACGACGCUAUACUGGCACGCAAGCCCGACAACCAUCCUGGGAAGAUAGGCCUGGUCUAUGGAGCAGGAGGUGCCAGUCGGGCAGCUAUCUACGCCCUGUCAGCUAAAUUGCGCUGUCGUACGAUUUACCUUGUCAAUCGUGAUGAUCACGAGGUUGCAGAGGUGUUGCGGGACGUACAUGAGCAUGGUGAUGUGUACAAGCCCCAAAUAGUCCACGUCCGAAAGUUGUCUGAGGCAAAAGAACUGGAACCUCCGCAUUAUAUCGUGUCAACUGUUCCGGACUUUGAGGCCGUGACAGCAGAAGAAACCCAAGCAAGGAACAUUUUGACCGAGUUUCUCCAGAGACCCUCUCCAUCCAAAGGCUUGUUGUUGGACAUGUGCUACCAUCCACCUAUGACGAGAAAUUUGAAGCUUGCGAAGGACUCCGGAUGGUCGAUUGUGCAAGGAUUCACUGUGGUCGCUUGUCAGUUCCGCGUGCAAUGGGAGCUGUGGACUGGCAAAGCUAUUCAGACGGACGAGGUCUUCAGAUUGACCGAGAAAUUGAUCAGAGAUAGGGACGAAGCACUGCCACUUGUCCGGAGCAACGGCUAUCAUUAG